AGUAUGGCGGCUGCUGCGUGCAGUAAGCCGAGCACUUUAAACCCAUGCUCUGGCAAAUUGCACUCAGAACAUUUGCGGAAAAGUGAAGAUUCGCGAAGACAAGCUGCGCUUUUAUUUCUCACUAAUAUAUCGCUGGACGGACGGCCUGUUAGGAAAAAUGCGAGCGCCUCUGGCUGCGGUGAUGCCGAGUUCCAGUGCGCUGACAUCGGCGCGGCUGUGAGCGAACUGUCCGAUGGGACCUGCAACAGUCUCUCUGUGCCCAGACUCGGGCUGCUCAACGUCCCACCCAUUCUGGUUCUACCGUCGGAUUCUGGGUUCGGAAACGUCGGGAGCACGGAGGUGUUCCUGGAGCGGGAGAGCAGCUCAUUCUCCUUGCAGGGGAAUCUCCUCUCCCCGAGCAGUCUGGUGCCCCCUCCGCUGGGAGCGCGGAAGUCACCGACUCUGCUAUCCGUGCAGAGCUGCGGCUCUUCGCUGGACUCGCGACCACGGAGUCGAAAUUCAUCUGGCUCUCCUCGUCCACGCUCCAUGAAGAAGAUCCACUUUAUUAAGAACAUGAGGCAGUAUGACACCAGGGGCAGCAGGAUUGUGUUAAUCUGCGCCAAAAGGUCUUUGUGUGCCGCCUUCACUGUGCUGCCAUAUGGAGAGAGCUUCCACAUCAGUGACCCUUGUUUGGAUGCUCAGCGGCGGAGGCACUCCUCUGGUGCAAUAUCUGCCACUCUAGAGAUGCUUCCUGGGCUGGAGGGGGUGGAGCUGGGCAUCUACGGCAGGACGGUGUCAUACGCUCAGUUCCUGUAUCCCACUAAUGCUCUGGACUGGCACAAGCCCUCAGUGGACCUCACUCUACCAAUGCCCUUUUCCAGAAACAGCAUCCCUCGCAGUUGUCCACCCUCUCGCCUCAACAGCGCUGUGGGACUGGAUCUGGGCCUUGAAGACAUUGACUAUGAGCCUAACCUGCUCAGUGACCCUCAGUGGCCGUGUGGAAAACACAAAAGAGUUCUCAUCUUUGCAUCAUACAUGACAACAGUUAUAGAGUACGUCAAGCCAUCAGAUCUAAAGAAGGACAUGAAUGAGACUUUUAAGGAAAAAUUCCCCCACAUCAAGCUCACACUGAGCAAAAUCAGAAGUUUGAAAAGAGAAAUCCACUCAGUGGGAGAGGAGUCCGGUUUGCAACCAGUCACCAUAGCGAUGGCAUUUGUUUACUUUGAGAAGCUGGUCCUUCAGGGGCGUCUGAACAAGCAGAACAGGAAGCUGGUGACAGCUGCAUGCCUCCUGCUGGCCGCCAAGAUCAGUAGUGACCUGAAGAAACAAGAGGUCAAACAGCUGAUUGUUAAAUUAGAGGAGAGUUUCCGUAUCAGUCGGCGGGAGUUGAUUGCGUUUGAGUUCACAGUCUUGGUAGCACUCGAGAUGGCACUUUACCUACCGGAGAGUAAAGUCAUGCCACACUACCGCAGACUGGUACAGCAGACCUGACAUUUCCCUCCAGCUGUGGCCAGACCGGAGGGUUCAGUGUGGCACAUGCAGUGAAGAAGAGGAUGUCCAUGCAGAUGAGAUGCAUUAAGCGGCUGAGAGGACGGGACCCAGCGUUCCCGCCAUUGUGGUUUCAGGUGUCAUAGCAAAUACACGUCAAAGUGAAGCUUUGAGGAAGAAUUGAUGUUCCAAAUGAUGCUUUUUAUAGCAACCGUGCCAACAGUGUUUGUUUUCUUGGCUGUCUGUUUUAGUGAUCAUCAUAGGAAUACUGUUUAGGAAAACAUCUAGAGGGAUCUUUUUUUUUAGAUUCAAAAGAGUAGUGUUUUAUUGAAGUAGUAAGCCAUAAGAGGCAUCAUGUCUUGUUUAAGAAUGCCUCUUUCCUUUGGUAAAAUCAUUGUAAUAUAGAGACUAAAGUAGCAUUCAAAUAAUAGUAAUAUUCAAUAAUAUUCCAUCAUUUAAAUUUGAAUAAUAAUUCAAUAAAGUCUGAAUUAUUAUUCAUUUAAUAUUAAUAAUUAUCAGAAUAAACAAUUAUUCUGCCAAAAAUAUGCAUUAGGGUGUUUGUGGUGCAUUAAUAAAUGAAUGCAUCACUUGGUGCAUUAAUAAAGUAUGAUGUAGAACACGGAAAAGCUCAGAACCAAUUAGAAUUUAGAAUCUGAACUAUUUGUUUUAUUAUUUAAUUUAAAAACACUCAAACGACUCCUGCUUCUUCACUUGUGUGAAACAGCAGUGUGCAUUCAUGCUGUUUUUUUUAUUCUGUAUCUAUGUACCAAAAAUAACUUUUGUUUAAUGUAAAUUUCUCCUUUUGUUCAUUUUAGAACAAUCAUAUAUUCACUGUAACACUAAAGCACUUUUUAAACAAUCCUUUUUUUUUACUAUAAUAUAUGCAAUAAUCAUAUAAUCAUUAACAUAGAAUACUGUAUGUCAUGUAAAUAUGCACUUACUUUUGUUGCAUUAUUCAAUGACAAAACCUAACUUAGUAUUCAAACCUAAUCUGUUCUUCGUCUUUGACGGCCUUAUUACAGGGCUCCACUGCACUUUAUUGGGACGAUUGCUCUAUAUUAGAGCUGAUUUCAGGAAAAGCACAUUUAAAGUUCUGCCAUGUUGUUCUUUAUCAUAGUGACCAUGUCUAUUGAGCCCCAAAAAGAACAAAAAUACGCCAUAACUUUCAAUAAAUGUAGUCCAUAUUACUUCUGCAUUAUAUUCCAAGUCUUAUGAAACAUGUAUGUUACCAAAAUUUAAGCCAUUAUUCCCUGAAAAUCUUCCCCUCUGCUGCAGUUUUUAAAUCGAAAUGGCUUCAGAAUGUAUUUAAUGUACCGCAUGAGUCAUAUUUAUAAUUUUUGGGUGCUUUAAAUGUGUUUUUGUCCUUUUUGGAUCUUGACAGACAUUGUCACCAUGAAUUGCCGUUGUAUAGAUAAAAAGCCACAUGGAUAUUAUUAUAAUAUGCUUGCAUUUAACAAUAAUAAACAUAAUAUGAACACAGCAGAAGACAGGCACAGGGUAAGAGAAGGUGAAGGAAUAUAUUCAGUACAUAGCUUGUGUGACAUUUAGCAGGAUAAAUAAGAGGGAAUGAAAAUAUUAGAUUUAGCAACUACAGUAUCUUUCUUAAAACUAUAAACAUGACAAUCCUAUAUCAUGGUAUUAUCUAAAAAAAAUGACAGUGUUGUUCAUAAAAAUGCCAUUAUUUGUGUUGAAAUUAAACAGGUUUUCUACUAUUUCUCUUUCAGCCCCUAAAAUCUAUGCAAUACUUUAAACAAUAUUUAUUUUUUCCAUUUACUCGCAAAACAUACUAUUCCUAAUUCUUACUCCUCUCUGCCUGAUUCUAUGGAUUCACAUUUUAGUGUGAACAGAAACUCUGUUGUGGAAAGGUUGUGUGUUUGUCACGAGCUGGGCGCGAACUUGGGUCUCAGAUGUAGAGAGUUGAGUGUUCUACCACUUAGUCACAGAGGAGGUAAAGUUGGACCCAAACGAAACACUCAAACACUCAAAAAAAAAGGGUGCUUUGCAAGUCCACAAAAAUCCAACAAAAGUUCUUCUCAGAAAGAGGUAAUGUUAAGGUAGAGAUAAUGAAAAUAAUAACAGGAGAGAAAUCAAAUAACUCCACGAGGGGAGAAAAAACCAAAUCAGAUAACUAAGAAUAGCUUACUUGGGAUUACUUGGGAUAGCUUGGAAAGCUUGGAAGACUUGGAAGGACUCGGUGGGACACAGCAGGAAACACAUGGCAAGACUCAAAAACCGAGUGAGGGACAAUGGGGAAAAAACACAGCUAAAGUACUCUAGGGGAAACAAGGCACAGGUGACCAGGAUAAUGCUUAACAAGGACACACGAGUAAGAACUAAGGCAGAGGGGAACACAGGUGACCUCUAGAGGCCCGGAGACAAACAACAGGAGUCAGGAUGCUGACAGGACCCCCUCCUCUAGGAACGGCUCCUGACGUUCCUUCCAGAACACCCUGGCCUCAGGGUGCGAAACUCUCGGAUCAAACUUGGGUCCAGGAUGUCCCUUGCUGGAACCCAGGAGCGCUCUUCCGGCCCGUAGCCCUCCCAGUCCACCAGAUACUGUAGAGAGUUCUGGACCCUCCGGGAGUCCAGUAUCCGAGCACUGUGUAGGCUGGCUGGCCGUCAA